AUGUCGGUUUACAAGUCACCCGUGAUGAAUAAGUUUGGAGUAAUAUCUUCCACUUACUAUGAAAAACUCUUGAAAGCUAAUUUGGAAAGUGCAAAUAGAAAGAAGGAUCACAAACCAAAGCCAUCGUUUUCCAUCACCAAAGAGUUCAUUCUGAAAUUUAACUGCACAGAGAAUCCAUCAGAGCAGGAAGAAUUGUUGGAACAAGCUAGGAAACUCCUCAUCAGGUGUAAGAGGAAGCUGGGUCUCAAGACCCUGGGCUCCGGGAAGCAUGUGCAUCUUCCGACUGCGUGGGAAGAGGUCAUCUAUCUGGCUCAGUGCAAAGGGGAGAUUCAAGACGAAGCUUUGAAUAUGCUCCACGCCUCCUUGGACCAAGUUUCUUUCGACUACAACCAGCUCCCUGCCCUGUUCUUUCUCGCGGAAUCAGUUUUAUAUCGGCUCUGCUGUGAUGCAUUCAUGAAGAGAUUUUUAUAUUCGGUUGAAAUAAAGUUGCUGAAGAUUGGCUAUUUGAUCUUCUUACGACUUUUUGUAUUUUUCCUGCAUGGUCACUUAGAAAGUUUUAAACAACAUUUACUCAGGCUGCAACCAUAUUUAUACGCACUUUAUUUCUCUGAAGUGUCCUACCACAAGUACCCAAACAUCUUCUCAAACGUGCAGUUCAUUCUGAAAACGUCGGAGAUUAUAUGUAAAAGGGAACUCCAUUCUGAAUCAUUCGUGGGAAAUACAGGCAGCACAGAGAGCGUAUAUUCUGAUUUGGUAGGUAACCAGAUGCAGUGGGUAUGCCUUACCGCGUAG